AUGUUAACACUUCCAUACACACCACCUGGUCUACACAACGUGUAUCUGCGAUUGCAAGAACGAGGUGUUAAACUGGCAGAUAAGAAUAUUGAAUCAGAUACCCUCAGUGAUAUAGGUUUGAUUAUUGGUGCUGAUUAUUAUAAUGCAUUUGUGUAUUGUCACGAUAAAUAUGAUGAUGUAUGUUUGCUUGGUAGCACCGCCGGUGCUGUUAUUUUUGGUCCUAUACCCAAUUGGGCUUUUAAUGUUAUAAGUGAUGAUGAAAAUGUAAGAUCUGUAAUAAGUACACAGAGUAUAGUUUGCUCGAGAGUCACUGCUUCUGUAAAUCCUCUUGACGGUGAGGAUAUUUCUAGACUGUGGUCAUUAGAUACGAUCGGCAUCGGGAAGGAUGCGCGAUCCUAUAACGAUCAAGCAGCGAUCGAACAUUUCAAUGAGACUAUUGUAAAGACUGAUAAUAAAUAUACGAUUGAUUUGCCAUUUAAGAGCGAUGCCAGACCCCCUACGGGUUAUAGAAAAGCCUUAGGUCAAUUAUAUUCACUUAAGAGAACCUUUCAGUCUAAACCAGUCAUGUUUGAUCAAUAUCAGUCUGUUUUAGAUGAGUGUGUUAAGUUAGGAUUUAUUGAGGAGGUAAAGUUAGAAGAUAACUCCUUUGAUCCAGUUGAUGGCAUUAAUCAUUAUUUACCUCACCACCCAGUUUUUAAGGAAUCUGCUACGACUCCAAUUAGGAUAGUUUUCAAUGCAAGUAGUAAGGAGUCACAACAUGCAAAGUCUCUCAAUGAUUGUUUACAUGCGGGACCUAAUCUGGCGACGAAAUUGACAGAUAUGCUGCUGGAAUUUCGUCAGAACAAAUAUGCUGUAGUAGCAGACAUAAGUAAAGCUUUCCUUAGAAUAGGAAUUAAUGAAAAUCACAGAGAUUUCACAAGAUUCUUAUGGUUUGCUUUUAGAGAGUUUAAGCAUGUCAAGACUUUUAGAUUUAAGGUUUUAUUGUUUGGAGCUACUUGUUCACCUUUUCUGCUGAAUCAGACGAUACAAUAUCAUUUGCAAAACCAUUCAGAUCCCAUCGCCAGCUCAGUCAAGAAGUCCUUUUAUGUGGAUAACUUUAUGAAAACUUAUGAGAAAUGUGAAGAUUUAGAACUCGAGAGUAAUAAGGUAAACCAAAUUAUGCUGGAAGCUAAUAUGUCUUGGGAGAAUGGCGGGCUAGCAAUUUGA